AUGCGUGCCAACUUUGCGUCGCUUCUCGUGGCCCUUUACACAGCCAUCUUCGUUGCUGGGUCGCCUUUGCCGCAACCUUAUAGGAUCAUCAGUCCGCCAGCUCCAGGCUCAUGGCACCGAGUUUUCGGCUUUCACGCCAGCCAAGGCGUCUCUCUCGCUGUCCCCAGCAGUAGCCCCGACCCAGUAGUUGCGGUCAACGCCAGUGUGACGCCGAACACCAACGCGGAUACCAACGUAGCCAUCUCCACCACUCCUCCCCUGGCAGCUCUGCACUCGCUUGGCCACAUCAGCGGGUUAUUAUCUGGCCUACUCACCGUCGUUGGCCAAUCGUUGAGCGGCCAAAGCCCAAACAGCGCUUCAAUCGGCACUAUUUUGACAACAGCACUGAAAGACCUGAGUACGCAAAUUGGCCAAGCCAGUUCAAGCAUCCCGAGCUCUGGCACAUAUCCCGACCUUGCCAGCUUUAUGAAUCGCAUAUCUGACCAAAUAAGUGUCCUCGGGUCGCAACUUUCUGCCCUCGGUAACAGUGGACUCACUUUACCUUCGGGCACGAUUGGAACCAUCAUCAGCGGCAUUGUCAGCCAACUGCCCGAUGUCGUCACAAAAAUUGCGAGCGUAUCAGGCUCAGAUGGGGCCGCUGUUCUGAGCAACGGGCAGCAGGCGAUAGAAAACAUUCGCAAAGCUGCGCAGACCUUCGGACCAUGA